UAGUACAUUGCUUGAUCUCGACUGGUACAGUUGGCAGCGACUUAAUUUUGAGCUUGUAUAUUAACCUAACCUAAAAAUGCUGCGAUUAGUCGUCUUGCUCGUAACGGCAGUUGCUGCGUCGGCUAAUGUCAUGCACGAAAACAAUUGCCCUGCGUUGAAGCCGAUAGAAAACUUCAAUUUAACAGCUUAUCAAGGCACAUGGUACGCAAUUUCCAAGUACCCAGAGGAGAAGAACGGCAAAUGUGACUCGACCGAGUACAAACUCGACGGAGAUGUGUUGAAGGUGAAGGAUAUUCAUGUAAUGGACGGAGUCCAGACGUACAUUGAAGGCACGGCCAAGCUAGCUCCCGAUGCUAAUAAGGCUGGCAAGCUGGUCGUCUCGCUUAAGUUUGGAGAUGUGACUAGGGACUCCCCACUGAACAUCCUGGCGACGGACUACACUCACUACGCCAUUGCCUACAACUGCAAAUACGACGAGAAGAACAAGAACCACCAAGAUUACGCCUGGAUCCUAUCACGAAGCAAGAAACUAGAGGGUGAAGCCAAGACCGCCGUAGACAACUACCUGAAGGCCAACGCUAAGGACCUGGACGCCACCAAGUUCGUGCAGACCGACUUCUCCGAGGCUGCCUGCAAGUUCACCAGCACCAGCCUUAUCACUGAAGCUGCAAAGCACCAUUGAGAACCCUGAGUGUAGUUAACUGACCGAAUGUCGCAACUUUUGAUACGUAAUAAUAUAAAGAAAAAUAAUGUGCA